CAUCUUGCCCCACUGCUUUUGUCGACGAGCGGAACUACUUGGAACGGAAGGGUCGAGAAAGCGAGGAAAAGCACCUUUCUUCUACGGCACUACCACCUUCGUCAGUUCGCAUCUGGCAACAAUGAUGGCCAUGGCGUCUCUGCAGCUGUCUCCAAUCCCUCUCCUUCCGGCGAGAAAUGGUUGCGCCGGCAGAAGGCCGCGAAUGGCUGCCGUUAGCUGCAAAUACAACCAGUCAACCAAUGUCCAAGGAACAAUGCUCAGAAACCACAUGGCCCGCAGAGACACCCUGUCAUUCAUGUUGUCUGCCGUGUUGGCAGCGUUCCUGGUGGCCAGCCCUGCUGAAGCUAAAACUUCGAGGCUCGAAAACAAAAAGAAAGCCAUGGAGAAGCUGGAGAAGAUCCGAGAGAAGGCAUUAGGCCCGAUGGAGAAGAAGGGAGCCACCUUUAAGGAGAUGCCGCCCCCGGCGAAUUUACUGACCCCUCCUGCAGCGGUCGAGGUCUCCUUGUGAAAGGCACUCUGUCAAUGUGGCUUUUAUGCUGAUGGCAAUGCUAAUCUGAAUUUCUAUGCUGUUGGAACUGUUUCCGUAACUCCUGUAAGAUGAUAAUGCUAGCUGGGAACUUAGCAUUAGCUAUUUUUUCUUAAGCAUAAGUGGUACUAGCAAGUUGGUCCCUACUAACGGGGCUAGUCCCGUUAUAAUAUUUUAUCAUAAUAAUCUUUAAUUAAAAAAUAGUCUUUUAGUUUUA